CAAACCGCCUGAGAUGACCAUGAAAGAUAAUUUUCCGAAGAUGACGAGUCUCCUCUGCACAUUCUCUAUUUUAACUCUGAUUUUGGCAACAGCAAAGGGAAGUGAUUCGCCCCUUUCUGCAGGUUUCUUGAUAAAACGCAAUCAGCGCUACUGUGGCAAAGCUUUGGCUGAAGCACUGCAUUUUCUUUGCGAAGGAAAGUACUAUGACCCCAACGAAAAUAGAAAUCCUACAACCGAAGCAAAUGAAGAUUUUGAGACUAAUUUAGUGGACAGAAGACAUUAUGAUUCCAUUGAUGAUCUAUAUCCAGACUGGUUUCUUAAAGGUAUCGGAAAAUACGGUGACUUAAUUGACCCGAACCAGAGAAGUCAAAGGCAAGUUGCAGAUGAGUGUUGUAAGAGAUCCUGCUCCAUUAGCACAUUAUACUCAUACUGCAGAGGAAGAAGGACAGCAAGAAAUGUUGCAAUCUAGUACUUGAUUCUCCAUGACGAAGCAAAUAUAAUGUGUUUAUCUAUUAAGAGUUUGCUUGAAAAUAUGCAAGCAUUCAAUUUAUGUGAAAUAAAAUUGCA